GUCCCUGGCUCACAUCGCUCACACCGCUCACAUCGCAAGCAUGCUCACCAGUAUCUUUGGUGUCCCUCAGCAAGUCUUCAUCCUCCCGUUCCAAGGGCAGCACCGUCUGCUGACGGGACACCCCUCCGCUCCCGUGGUCGACGGCCAGCCCGAAAAGCCCGUCACCGCCGAGGGCAUCGUCCGAAUCUCGGUCCCCAUGAACAAGAGGGCCUCGAUCCAGUCCAUCCGCAUCGUCUUCCGCGGCAGCUCCAGGACCGAUCGCCUUGAAAAGGGCAUCAUGAUGACCGAGGACGAGACCCUGAUCGAGCAGGAGGAGCGCUUCAACUACCUGACCAUCCCUCCCUGGAGCCAGCAGACCAACUCGAUCGACAUCACCUUCCGCUUCGUCAUCCCCGCCGAGCUCGUCCCGCUGCUCCCCCCCUCGACCGAGGCCCCUCUGAGCGAUCGGUCGCCAAAGCAGGGCGGCUACAUCCGCUACUCUGUCACCGCCAUUGUCGAGGGUCACCCUGGGCUCUUUGGAGGAAACGAGGCCAUCCAAAAGGCCACCGAGUACAUCCGCUACGAGCACUACCAUCCCCACCACAUUGCCCGUGUGCUUGCACCCCUCCAGCAGGAGUGCCGCAAGGAAUCGGCCCCGGGCAAGGGCAUUCUCAAGUACAUCAGCGUCAUCUACCGCACCGUCUUUGCUCCAGAAGAUGAGAUGGUCUUUGGAUUCCAGUGCGGUCCCUGGGAGGGCUCGUCGCUCACCUGCAAGUCCGUGGCCAUCAAGCUGCUCGAGACCCGAACGCUCUACUCCCGCUACAACCGUGCCUUUGAGGGCGGCACCAACGGCUCGUCGCUGAGUGCCGCCAGCCGUCCUACGCCCCACACCUCGACCGUCACCCUGUUUGAGUGGGACCAGACCGUCAAGUUUGAAAACGAAUUCGCCAAACCCCACAAGAUGCGCCUCUAUGUUCCUUCGGCAAGCAUUCUCAAUGGCGGCAACCUGUACCUCAGCGACGAUCCCCGUGUCAACCCCUCGCACCACUCUGAUUUCAUCCACAUCACUCACGAGGCCCACAUGUACUUCAUCAUGCCCGGAGGAGACAAGAUCACCAUCAAAUUCCCUAUUUUGAUCGUGAGCGCCUCCAAGGAGCACUCUCGCUCGUACGCCGCUAGCUAUCCCGAAAUCAUCAAGAACGCAAUCGCGCCAUCCGAGGCUGGCCUGAUCGCCGACAAGCUCGUGCCCAAAUACAGCGCGGCUGCCAAGACGGAGCAGCUGUAAUCGCGACGCCCGGUGCUCCAGUGGCUCUCUCCCUUCUAUCAUCCACUUGUUUCCGAUUCUUUCCGUCUAUCGUAGCCGUCCGCGAUGGCCUUGGUCGGCCAGAUCCCCUGGACUGGUUGCACUUUCCUCUCCUCUCUCCUCUCCUCCUCUCCUCUCUCUUCUUCCCUCCCUCUGCUUUUGCUCUUGCACAAUUUGAACUCACUUGUUCGUCACUGUGCAUUGUCUGCAUUCGGUCCUUGCCGCUGGACUCUGAGAUCGCCAUUCUCAGCAUACUGGGGCUUAUCCCCAUUCCUGUCCUCAAUCUCUAUAUAUCAACUGCUUGACCGGAUGGGCUAGCGACGGUCCAAUUCUUGGACAGACUCCUCCCUCGCCCUCGCCGCUCCGUCCUCAAAAACGACUCGGGACAACUGUUUAUUGAGGCCAGUGGACACCUUUCUGGAUCCUGAAUACAUUUACGUCAUCUAUCCCACCA